AUGGUAUUCGAAACACGUUUCUACAAUAAGAGUGAUAAUGACAGAGGAUAUUAUUAUAUUCUUAAAUUCUUCCUUGCCGCCUUCGCCGCUGUCCUGGCUUGCGCCAGCGCUGAUGUCUCCGAGCUGGGUUACAGCUACCAGGAACCUGUGUCCUUUGUUCAACCUCAACCUGCCCCCGCUCCAGUAGCUCAGCCUGAUCGCACCUAUGUGCCACCAGCACCUGCGCCAGCUCCAGUCUAUGCACCAGCUCCUGCCCCAGCACCAGCACCAGCUCCAGUUCACUUCCAUGUACCGGCUCCAGCACCAGCUCCAGUCUAUGCACCAGCUCCUGCCCCAGCACCAGUUCACUUCCCAGCACCUGCACCAGCUCCAGUUCACUUCCAUGUACCAACUCCAGCACCAGCUCCAGUUUAUGUGUCAGCUCCUGCACCAGCACCAGCUCCAGUCUAUGCACCAGCUCCAGCUCCAGCACCAGCUCCAGUUUAUGUGCCAGCUCCUGCACCAGCUCCAGCACCGGCCCCAGUUCAUGUACCUGCUCAAACCUACGUGCCAGCUCCCGCUCCCGCUCCAGCACCAGCUCCAGUUCAUGUACCUGCCCAAACCUACGUGCCAGCUCCUGCUCCAGCUCCAGCACCAGCUCCAGUUGUUGCCCCCACUGAGGAAAUCGAAUAUCACGGAGCUGAUGGCUACCGUUACAAGACUGCCCGUCGUCGCGUCUACAGACGUCGUUAUUAA